AUGAACGACAUGUCCUUCCCGUCAUUGGACGCGCCGCGCGCGGGCCGACGAAUUUCUGCCAGUAUUCUGGAUGGGCCCAAGCUUGAGCACGAGACUUUGGGAACUGUGUCUGCAGGUCCAACUCCUCCACGGGCAUCUGUCAGCCGUGCACUUGAAGCUCAUCGUCCCAGUCAGGUCCCGUUGGAGCAACAGCUCCGUGCCGAGCUGGAUGCAUUGCGCAGGGAGCUGGCAGCCCUGGAAGCCCCGACAAGGACUGAGCGCAUUGAGCGCAGCGAGCGCAGCAUAGGUGUCGGGCCGGGCACAGGGAGUCCUCAACGGCCGGUAGCCAGAGAGGUGGAACGUCCGCCAGAUUGGCAUGUCGGAAGCCCGCCUGGCUGGCGGCCCGGGCCGCGCAACGAACGGGCCCUGUCCCUGCCGUCCCAGCUGCAAGCGAAGCUUGAUGCGGUGUUUCGGGAGCCUUCGCCUGACCCGCCUUUGCCCGAGGACGGUCUAAUCAGAGAGCCCGUUACCAAUGCACAAUCUUCAGCCAAUGCCUCCACGCAUUCCGCAAGCAACGCCAGCCCCAGCCCACCUCAGACUGGCAGCCGAGCUCUCAGCUCCCACGGCCCCUUGGGCCCCUUGGCCCCCUCGGGCACCUUUUCUGCUUGUCCCGGCCAGGUGGCCUUGGACCCGGGGCCUUGGCAGAUCCCCAGCUGGCCCCAGGCGCAGCCUUUCGCGCAGCCUCCCGCGCAGCCUCCAGCUCUCCAAGCCUCUCCCAAUCGAAGCCUCUCUGCGUCGACAGCGGUGAUCGAGCCCGUGCUGGAGGACCUUGCAGGCUCCGCACCCGGGCUUUCGGAGUUGAAAGAGCUGGAGGAGCUUCGCGGCGCGCUGCUCGCCGAGCAGGAGCUCCGUCUGCGUCUGGCUGCAGGCCUUGCCGAGGCCGCGGAGGCGGUGAGCGGCUUCGCGGCCGCCGAGCACCUCACGGCCGCGGCGAAACAGCUCCGCGAGGCCCCCAGUGCCGACUUCACGCUGCACGGGCUUCGGUCCUUGGCGACGCCCGGCGGAUGA